UCCAAACGUCGCUGUCGUUUCGCAGCUCGACAAAGAGAAAGAAGAGGGCCAUCAUGGCUUCCCCGUGUUCAUAGUCGCCCGACGGAAGAUGCCAGAACACAGAAGUCACGACCACUGCCGAGAGAUGAGUUGAGUGCGCCCGAAGCCCGUGCCUGGAGGCAGGCGCAGCGCUACAGGAGAGAUGAGCGUCUGCAAGGAAGGCUACCAGCAGCCGAGGCCUUACAGCCGCAAGAAUCAACAUCGCAAGUUCCUGCGUCAUUUCCCGAUCAUCUUUGUGUUUCUCAUCCUUGUGACGGCUGCCGGAUGCAUCUAUCGCAGCCCCCAGUUGAGACCCAUACAACGAGUGAAUGCGGGGCGCGUAAACGCGUUGAACGCUGCCCGCCCAGUCGCAGCGGCGGCAUCACCUGCAGUAACCGCGAAGAGUCGAGCUGACAGCGCAAAGGAAGGUCCCCCUCCGAGCGCUGCACUGCCCAGGAAUUCCGAAGAGCCGCGUGCGAGCCCUGAUGCAACGCCGGAGCAUGCGCCCGCAACGACUGUGCCAACGACCGGUCGCGUGGAUCUCGAGUGGUUGGAGCGCAAGAUACCGUUCCCACUGGACCCGCCCGGCGCAGUCGACCCGAGCGCCGACGGACGCCUGGUGCGCCACCUGUGCAACACGGGCAAAGCCGAGCACCUCAUUUUUGUGCACACGGAUCCAACGCACACACGCGAACGGAAGCUGUUCCGCUCCACCGUGGGUCACCCGCGCAUUGCGUCGCUCUUCAAAUGGACCAUGCUCUUCCUAGUCGGUACGCGGCCGGACGUAAAUGUAACCGACGAAGCUACGCAGUUUGGCGACAUUGUGCAGCUGCCGUUCAUGGACCACUACCGAAAUCUCUCGCUCAAGUUCCUCUACGGCAUGCGCUGGGUCAUGCUCAACUGCCCCUCGGUGCGCAGUCUGGUGAAGAUUGACGACGACGUCUUUAUACACCCGGAGCUGCUGGACGCAUACCUGCGCACUCGCAUCACUGCUAACGACCGGCGGCUGCACUGCUCCACUUUCCGUGGCAACGCCGUCAUUCGGAACCCACAUAGCCGUCACUACCUGAGCCGUACCGACUAUCCCAAAAAAUAUUUCCCCAUGCACUGCCACGGCUGGUUCGUGGUCAUUCCGGCGCCCAUCAUGUGGGACCUGUACGUCGCCGCGUUCCGCGUCCCUUUCCACGCCAUCGACGAUGCCUACGUGACGGGCGAUCUGGCCAAGACGGCUUCGCUGGGCCAUGCCGACAUCUCGGCCGUGCUGUCGGCCGAUGAGGACAGGCUUCUCGAAUUGCUGCGCGGCGAGUACAUGUGUGCCUUGUUCACAGGCAGGACCAAGUUGAACAUACGUGUCACACUCUGGAAGACGCUCACCUUCAUCAAGAAAAGGCAGGAUCUGGAUCUGGCCAUGCAGAACACGCUCAAGGCCUUUAAGCAGCCAGUGUCGCAGUGAGCGCCCGAGUGCCGACAAACGCAGCCGAUCAGCAUCGCGAGUGGGCUUUGUAAACGGUUGAGCUGUUUAGUGACAAGUGCUUUGAUGGCUGCGGCAGAGAACACGGCGAAGGGACAGGUGUGAGGGGUGCAUUGUAGACUAGCAAUGGGUGUUAGUUAAAGCGGCGACGUAUCCACGUGAGUGCGUAGACAUGGCAGACAAAUGAAGCAGCUUUUAUAUGACAGUAGACAGCGAAGCUAACGUUUCCACCUCAAGCUAACUAUGGGCUUCGAAGGAAUGAGUUUGACUACUCAUCGUCUACUGAAAUAUUUGCUCAUUUGAGUGCUUUGUCACCGUGCGUGUGCGUGUUCAUUCGUGUCAAACAGCGUCUUUUGGCCUUCUAAUUGCGUGUGCCUAGGGACGUGUGUCUUGCUUGUGUGUCUAAGUAACUAAGCGGGUAAGCAGUUAUUUCCUUUGGGAAAAGAAACCCGUGGCUUCCAAGUUUGGUUUCGACAACAGCAAGUGGACCAUUUACGUGAACUUGUCUGUGCUGGGGCGGUUAGUCCUUGUGACUUUUAAUAGGAAAUAAUUUCCGUUCUAUAGUUCAGACACAAACGUGCAAACUGACUCGCAAUCGGAAAGUUAGUGUCGCACUUUGUCAAUAAGGAGGAGCUGUGCUCAAGUCCAAUUCCCUUUCUCCCUUCUGUAACAGGUGUCGGACGAUCCCACGUAGCACCUUUCCCCAGCAGUGCAAUGGAAGGUCUUCAGUAAGCGCACAUUGUCCACAUAAAUGUUAAGAUCGCCAAGCAAAUACCUGAACAGGUCUCAUCUCUAACAUUUCAAAUCCUUUGGAAGUCGGAAAAUACGCACGUGGCACCAUUUUCGUUGAGCUGUGUGUUUACUGUCUAUCCUAUGCUGCGAACUGCUCUUGUUGGCUUCGGACGUUGUGUUAUGCGGUUGUCUUUCUAAGUGCCAGUUGAAGGAAUGAAACAAACCCUUAGUCAUUAUCUCUUACAGUCAUCUUCCCUUUGUAACCAGUGCAUGCUAUACACCAUGAAGUUCAAACUGCCGUUAUUGGCUUUCAUAAGCCACUGUGUGUCGGUACUAUUACUUUGUUACUAUAAACAUGUCAUCCCCUGUUGUUUUCUAGAGCGAGUGAAUGAUUCGCAGAGUUGUGAUUUACAAAACUGUAUAUUUAUUUCAAGUGUCCCUGUGCUCUUCACCGCUGCUCAAGUCUCCUUGUGUCUUGGACAUCUGACUUUUGAGCGCAAUUAAGACGUGAACGUUUUGAAGUGAUUCUCAUUUCAUUUUCGCCACCAUGAUCAAUAAUGUAGUUAGCUGUGGACUUUUUGCUCGAAGACUCAUUAGCUUUGAAAAGUAGGGUAGUGUUCAAUGACUGUUUCAGGCAUGAGGCCCAUAAAAGGCCAUUGGGGCG